UGAUGAAACCCCUUAAAACAUUUCGUCAGACUUUCUUCUAGCCUUAUAUUUUGAUUUUGAUUAAGAUUUAAAUCUUUAAUUAGAGCGACUUCAGAAUUUUUCCCUGACAAGUGGCGUAAACAAAGACCCAUCUUUCACCUACACCGAUAACAGUGGACAGACGAAAAGUAUGUAUCAGAUAUCCACACUGGCAAGACCAGCGUCUUAUGUCAAGAUAUCUGCCGGUGGCCAGAAAAUUCUCACUUUAUGUGAGGUUUUCAUUUUUGGUGAUUCCAACUGUGGAGGUUUGAAAUACGGACCAGAAUGUUCUAAAAGCUGCAACUGUUUGGAUGAGGAUGAAGUUUGUUUUGUUGCCACUGGAGGAUGUGCUUCAGGCUGUGCUGCUGGAUUUUAUGGAGAAGAUUGUCAGAAAGAAUGCAAUAAUGGAACGUGGGGCUUGAAUUGUACCAAGUCCUGUGAUCAUUGUUUAAGUGGAUCAUGUGGCAAAGUUAAUGGUUCAUGUGUAUUUGGCGAACUAGAUUUUCAAAAUGCUUCUUUAAUUGCAAACAAAUGUGAACAGGGAUGGCCAGGUGUUAACUGUAGCAAACUAUGUGAUGUCUGUGAAGAAAAUGAUUGUGCGACAUGUCAAAACAUAUGCUAUCAACGUUGUAUAGAUAACAUAAAUCAAACUAACUGUACUCAAGACUGUGAUGAUGCUUGUGAAAUUGGAAAAUGGGGUGAAAAUUGUAACAAAAGCUGCGACAACUGUUUAAAUAAUUUAUGUGACAGUGUGAAUGGCUCUUGUCUAUAUGGCUGUCUUGGUUUUGAUGACCCACCAGCUUGCAUAAACGAAUGUGAAGAUGGAAAAUGGGGUGAAAAUUGCACCAAAAACUGUUCAAACUGUAAAGAUAAUUUAUGUGACAAGGUAAAUGGUUCUUGUACUGAUGCCUGCAUUGGGUAUGAUAACCCACCAGAAUGUAACCAAAAUUGCAACACUGGAUCAUGGGGUGUAAAUUGUUCAUCUACCUGCACAAACUGUAUGAACUCAUCAUGUAGCAGUAUAGAUGGGAGCUGUGAGCUUGGAUGUCUUGGCUACAGUGACCCACCUCUGUGUAGAGCUGCUUGUAAAACUGGAAAAUGGGGUGAAAAUUGCAUCAACAGAUGUUCAAACUGUAAAGAUAAUUUAUGUGACAAUGUAAAUGGUUCUUGUACUGAUGCCUGCCUUGGGUAUGAUAACCCACCAGCAUGUAACCAAAAAUGUCAAUCAGGAUCCUGGGGAGUAAAUUGUUCCUCUACCUGUACUAACUGUAUGAACUCAUCAUGUAGCAGUAUAGAUGGGAUCUGUGAGCUUGGAUGUAUUGGCUACAGUGACCCACCUCUGUGUAGAGCUGAUUGUGAUAUUGGAAAAUGGGGUGAAAAUUGUAACAAAACCUGCAAUAACUGUUUAAAUAGUUCCUGCGAUAGAGUAAAUGGCUCUUGUCUAAAAGGUUGUCUUGGUUUUGAUAACCCACCUGAUUGCAAUAAAGGAUGUGAAGAAGGUGACUGGGGUGAAAAUUGCUCCAAAAGUUGUACGAACUGUAAAGAUAAUUUAUGUGACAAAGUGAAUGGUUCUUGUAGUCUUGGCUGCCUUGGGUAUGUGAACCCACCUGAAUGUAGUCAAGCUUGUGAUCAUGGAAAAUGGGGUGAAAAUUGUACCAAUAAAUGCAACAAUUGUGUAAAUAACUCCUGUGACAGUGUGAAUGGCCAUUGCGUAAAAGGCUGUCUUGGUUAUUAUAACUAUCCAGUGUGCAAUAAAGAUUGUAAGAUUGGAAAAUGGGGUGUAAAUUGUUCAUCUACCUGUACUAACUGUAUGAACUCAUCAUGUAGCAGUAUAAAUGGGAGCUGUGAGCUUGGAUGUAUUGGCUACAGUGACCCACCUCAGUGUACAGUUGCUUGUGAAAGAGGAAAAUGGGGUGAAAAUUGUAACAAAACCUGCAACAACUGUUUAAAUAGUUCCUGUGACAGAGUGAAUGGAUCUUGUCUAAAUGGCUGUCUUGGUUUUGAUAACCCACCUGAUUGCAAUAAAGAAUGUAAUGAAUCCCACUAUGGUUUGAACUGUGAAGAAAGAUGUAGCAACUACUGCACAAAUCAGAUUUGUGAGCCCAUAGAUGGCUACUGUAUCACAUGUAUAGAGGGGAAUCAAGGCGUGUACUGCAACGAAUCAUGUGAUAAAAGCUUCUAUGGCCAAAACUGUUCAUUAAAUUGUAGCAGCAACUGCACAGGAAAACAAUGUCACCCGAUAACUGGCCACUGUGCAACGUGCAUUCCUGGCAGGGAGGGCCAAUUUUGUAAUCAAAGUUGUGAACACGGCUACUUUGGUAAAGGUUGUAGUGAGGGAUGUAGUACACACUGUGCUGGGGAUGGCGGAUGUGACAGUGUUACUGGUGACUGUCUACACAACUGCACUGUUGGUUUCUUACAACCAAAGUGCACUAGUUCCUGUAUUGGAAAUACAUGGGGCUAUGACUGUAAAGAAAACUGCAGCAUUUACUGUAAUGGAAUGAAUGGCACAAACAGCUGUAAUCAUACAACAGGAGAAUGUUUAGAUGGAUGUUUGCCUGACAGAGAAGAUCCUCACUGUUUAACACUGAGAUCUGAUAACGGUUCACUUACUUCUGGAAUUGUCAUCUUCAUAUUGUGUUUCUUCACUGCUAUUGCUGUAACAUCUGGUGGAUUUAUAUUUUUAAGAAACCGCAGAAAAAGAAAGAAAGAAACCACUGAAUCCCUUGCCUUAGUUGAUACAGCACAUAAUAAAACAAAACAAGGUAAAGCACGCAAUAAAAGAAAACAGAAAAGAAAACAACAUUAUGUCAACGUGAAUCUUCAUCUAGAAAAUAUAUCCAUACCAAUCAAAGACUUAAAUUCUUUUAUUUUGUCUCAUGACAGCAGCUUCUACUUGGAACAAUUUACUAAAAUACCAGAUCCAAUGGGUGCCACAAUGGAGGCAGCUCAUCAUGAAGAUAAUAAAUUGAAAAACAGAUACAAAAACGUGUCUCCUUAUGACCACUCUAGAGUCUAUCUGGAAACUGACACAAAUCAAAAUGACGGAGAUUACAUAAAUGCUUCAUAUAUUGCAGAUCACAAAAAUAACCGAAGGUUUAUUGCUUCUCAAGGACCAACUUUGUCAACACUACAUGAUUUUCUGAGAAUGUUACUUGAACAGAGGGUUGAAAUUGUUGUUAUGUUGACGAACUUAAUAGAAGAACAAAAAACAAAGUGUGACAGGUACUGGCCAGAGGAUGAAACAAUGAUUGUAAAUGACAUUCAUGUUAAGUUGAUAUCCAUUGAAGUUUUUACAGACUACACAAUUAGGUCCUUAAAAUUAGCUAGGAAAGGAAAACCAUCCCACCACUUAAAGCAUUUUCACUACACAUCAUGGCCUGACAGAGGUGUCCCAUCAACACCCUGGGCACUGAUUGACUUCUUGUAUAAAGUGGAUGUCAACUCUACAGAAAAGCCAAUUGUAGUUCAUUGCAGUGCUGGUGUUGGCCGUACUGGAACAUUUAUUGCACUACAUAAUCUAACAGAGCAGGCUAAAGAGACUGGGAGUGUGGAUUUCUUUAAGACACUCGUCAAGCUUAGACAGGAUAGGAUGAUGAUGGUUCAGAUGCCUCAACAGUAUGAAUUUCUACACAAAGCUGCACACGUUGCCAUUGCGUGCAGUGGGACUACAGUCAAAGCUGAUGACCUUUCAACUUUUGUACAAAUGUUGGCAGACAUUACAGAACUAGCUAAGGAAUUUCAUACAUUAACAAAAGUUGUUCAAGACUUAAAUAAACUUGAAGGAACAGAAGGUGAAGAAAAUAUUUAUGAAAAUAAUGAAAUACAGAUAAAAAGCAGAUUCCCUUCUAUAGCUGCAAAGCCCUGUCACAGAGCAGUGUUAACAGAUGAGCCUACAGAAACAAUCGAGUACAUCAAUGCUGUUCUUAUCCCAUGUUACACAACAAGAAGCAGUAACAUCCUGACUCAGCUCCCUCUGCCAGCAACUGUGGCUGACUUCUGGAAACUGAUCACACACUACGAGGUACAGCUGAUUGUAUCGUUUGAGUUGGAUCAAGUCUCACAAGAUGAGUCUAUAGGCAAAUUUUUGCCAUCAGAUGGAGAGGACUCCCUAGUGGUUUCCAUGUUUAAAAUAAUGACAGGACAAGUGAAGAAAGGAGCAUGCUGGGAGGAACAAAAUAUUACACUACUAAAGAGCUGCAGCACAUCAGCUGAGCUUGAAGAGCAAACGGUGAAACUUCUGAGCACCAAAUGCACUGAUAUGAAACCCAAAGACUGGCUUGCAUUCAUCAGGAGAAUUAAGAAACAUAAAUCACAAACUGAUGGUACCAUUGUAUACAUGUGCAGGAAUGGAGCCAAGUACAGUGGAUUAGCAUGUGUUCUGGGUCUUUUAAUAGACAGAAUAGAAAAGGAUCAAAGCCUAACAGUCCCAAUCAUUGUUGGUGCAAUAAAAUCUAUUCGACCUGAAGUGAUUUCCACCUUUGAUCAAUACCGGCUUCUCUAUCAAGUUUUGGCCUUACAUUGCAACACAACUUGUCUUAAUGAAGGAGAUACAUCUGGAUCUCUAGAAAACUUGGAUAAGAUAAUGUGCAAUGACAGCAUUUAUGCUAAUGCUGAGACUAACAAUGUUUCAUAACAGAUAUGCUUAUACAUGUGCCUACAAACACAAACUAAUAAACAGAUUUCUAGAUUUUUCAACAUGUAUACAAUCAUUACUAUAAUAGAAAUAGAAAUGAAAUGAAUUUAUUUUAAUUUUAUAAUUAAAGUUUGCCAAGAAUGUUUUAAAUAAAAUGUUGUAAUUUACUUCAAUUCAUUAUUGUACUUGUUCAAUUUGCAAAAUUCAUUUUAUAACAGCUUAAAGAACUUCAUUAACCAUUUGCCUACCCAAAAUUUAAUAUUUUUUUUUACGAUUUUAAAAAGUAUAGUGCAAUAAGAUAAUGUCAAGAACUAUAAGAUGGUUCAGUUCUGAAUAGACCCAACUAUAUUAUAAAAUGAAUAGCAAUAAAAUAAAUGCAAAAUUACUAUUACAGUAUAACGUAUUCAUUGUUGUGUCCUUGUCUUCUUUAUAUAUUUAAUUUUUUUGUAAUUAUACGUUUUAAAAAUAAAACGUAUUGCUUAAUUAAAAUAAAUC